AUCUGUCAUUCGUAAACAAUCGUGAAUAAGGAAAACCCCGGGUUAUCACGAGCACCUCUUCAAGACGUGGCCCUGUUGUAAUCCACGGUUCAUCCAGUUAGCGUCAAUGGCCAUCUCAGGAUACUGAUUUUAAUUCAAAUAGUUCAGAAGCAGCUCAUUUUGUUUAUUUUCUGCAUUAGAAAUAAACGAAACGAAAACGAAAUCAGACAACAGUUUGGUAGAUCGUGGGGCAGAUUAAUUACGCUGAUAGCGUGAAGUGUAAUGGAUGGGAGUGCGAAGAAUCAGUGACAUAAUUUAAUUAUCCCAUCGGUAUUUUUACCCAUUUUUUAAUUAAUUAAAAAUAUACCAACACCAACUGUGCCGUAUUAUCAAGAAAUUUAUUUUCUUAACUUAACAAAAUAAUAUUUGUGAAAUGACGGUGGAACAACAAUCUGGAGGUCUUUCGACCGGUGAAGGCACCAUUGACGCCGCUAUUGGAUUGGCCGGAAUUGGAAAGUUUACUUGGAAAAUAGUGGCGAUAAAUUCACUGAUUCUGGUUAAUGCGGGAUUUACGACCAACAGCAUAAGCUUAAUUUUUCCAGCAUCUGCUUGUGAUUUUAAUUUAACUUCUAUGGAUCAGGGAGUUAUGACAGCAACUCCAUUUUUAGGUAUGAUCGUUGGCUCUUACUUCUGGGGAUGUCUCGCCGAUUUACACGGAAGAAAAUAUGCACUAGUGAUAGCGCUAGCCUCUCAGGGAUUAUUCGAAUUAGUUUCAUCCCUUGUUUCCAACUUCUGGGGCUAUAUAUUCUUCAAAUUUCUCAGCGGAUUUUCGUUGAUUGCUCAAAAUGCAAUAGUGUACCCGUUCGUUGGAGAGUUUCAACCCCUGACUCUCAGAAAAAAAGUUCUCUGCGCUUUGGAAAUUGCAUGGGUGAUGGGCACAAUUGCAUUGCCUGUUCUUGGAUGGUUAAUUAUUCCUCUCAAUGUCUCGUACACGACCAACUACUUCUUCUUCCAUUCUUGGAACCUCUUUGUCUUCCUGUACUCGUUGUUGGCGCCGACAUUAGCCCUAUGGCUUAUGACCUUUCCCGAGAGUCCCAAAUACCUGGCAGAACAAGGGGAAGAUGGAGAACUCGCCAAAGCCUUCGAAAUUAUGCAUUCAGAGAAUACAGGAGAGUCUUUUGACGCUUUUCUUACAAAAUUAACGGAUAAUGGAUUACAUGAUCUCCGCAUGCGUCUGGAGCUGAAGGAAAGUCGAAGUGCCAAAGGAAAUAUAUCGAAACGAGAAAGAGCUCAGAAACUAUUCAAAGAUGUGAUAAGAAAUACAGGAACGUUAUUUAGAAGUCCCUUUCUCACACAAACCUUGCUCAUCUGCAUACUCUGGUAUUGCGUCGCUUCGACGUUCUUCUCCUUCACCAUGUGGUUUCCAGAAUUAGUCAGAAGGCUUGAAACCUUUGAAGCGAUGUUCCCGGGCGAAGAUGCCUGGGUCUGCAGUGCAGUUCCUGCAAAAAACUCGACUAUUGUUGCUAGCAACAGCAAAUGCUCACCGAAUAUUCCCAACGAGGUGUAUCAACAUACAUUGAUACUGGGAGCUGCUUGUUUACCCACCAACAUCUUGGUGCCAUUAUUUGUACAUAAAUUAGGAUAUAAAUUUUUUUUAGUGAUGUCGUCCGGUGUCGCAAUGAUCGUGACAAUCGGAUUAUUCUUCGUGCAAUCCUCGACACAAAAUCUCAUCCUUUCGUCGACCUACGAAGGAUUUUUAUCAAUUAGUUCCGCUCUAGUUCUAGUAGUUAUAACCGAAUUGUAUCCGACGCAAAUCAGAGCGACAGCCUCAUCGCUUGGAGUGUUGAUAGGAAGAAUUGGAUCUGUCGUUGGUAAUUUACUGAUGGGCCAUUUGAUCGAUAACCACUGCGUGACUUUCAUCGCGAGCAAUAUAGUUCAACUCAUAAUCUGCGUCAUAGUGUCCCUGAUCCUGCCCCUGAAGAGGAAAGGGGAGAGACCUGUUUCCACCUCCGUAGUUACUUUAGUUACUAAUGAAAAAAAUUAAACCACUCAGUAUUGACCGAUAAGAUUUUUGUAAAUUAUCUGCUGCAUUCUUGUGGAUGAAAAUGAAAAUAAACUAUUUUUAUAAUAA